AACUAGUUUUUUUUUUCCAUUUACGACAGCUGUAAAUGCUGUAAAAAGUGAUACCAUGCUUAUGUAAUCACCUUUUUACAGCUGUUGUAAGGGGCCGAAAAACAUCAUUUCGAUUUUUUACGGCAGUCUUUCUAAACAUUUUAAUCUAGGGGUGUGAAAAAUAGGGGCAAAAUUCGCACAGGAAUGUCGAGUCUUCUAAGUUCUCACAAUUCGGAGUGGUUUUCCCUUGAUUUUGAUUCUAUGUAUAGGGUUAGGGUAAAAUGUAAACUUAUACAAGUUGUGAAAACUUAGAGAACUUAGCCUUACGAAAGGUUUUUUCAAUUUUUUUUAACCAAAAAUCCUAAAAAAAUUCAACUUUUCCAAGAAAAAAAACUAGUUUUUAUUUUAUUUUAUUUUUGGCAGCCGUAAAUGCUGUAAAAAGUGAUGUCAUUCUUAUGCCAUCACCUUUUUACGGCUGCUAUAACGGGCCGAAAAAUACUGUUUCGAAAUUUUAAUUUUUUUAAUCUUUUUACGGCAGUCUUUCUAAACAUUAUAUGUGUGUGUGCGUGUGUAUGGGUAAGAUCUGGAGGAAACGCCCUAAAGUGUGAAAACGUUCAGAACGGUUCCCUUUCGUCGGAUCAAUUCAAUCUAUGGACUAAAACAAAGCGGUGACGUUUAUGUACAUACCAGUCACUUGCAUCAUGGUACGGGGUUCAUUAAGGGUAAAAAGGUAAUUUUGCCUCCAAAUAAAGAAUUUAAACAACACCGAAACCUAUAACUUCCCACAAAAACCUCCCCAAAUUCUAUGGAAAAUGCGAAAACCCUAGAUACUUUAUCACGUAUGAAGAUAAAUCACGAUCCAAUGGUAGAAAAAUCAAAGUGAGUUCAAUGUCGUGUGGUCUUCAAAGUUAUUUGAUGUUAUAGGCUUUUCGAUUUCAAUAAUUUAUGUACAAAUUCGACUAGAAUGAAGUCCACAAAGUCACCCGAAUAUAAACGCGAUAAGACUGACAAAGAAAUGAAGAAGGGAACAUCAAAACAAGGUUAUAAUUGUUACAUUUUGUGUGAUUUAAAUGUCGAAAACGCGAGUUUAUGAUUUCUAUGAACAUUGUACAUGUAUACUUUGAGUUUGGGUUUGUAAACGCCAUAUAAAGUAUAACUUUGAAAUAUCUUUAAAUAUGACGGCUAACUAAUGUUAUGAUGCAUUGUACAAAUUUUGAACGCCAAAUGUGUUAUGAAAACGCCAGCUAUGGACCUUUUACCUUUCAUCAUAACUAUAGAAGUUACUAAACACCGUAAUAUAUAAUAACUAUUGAAGUACAUGAAAACGCGACAACCCUCUAAAACGCCAUUUUUAUUUUCCUCCUAUUUAGGCAAGGAGGGGCAGAAAAGUGAAAUUAAAGGUGCAUGCUGAAAGGGGCAAAAACGCCAAGAAGAGAAACGCUAGAAGUCAGGAAGAAUCUUUUUAUGAGUUCAAUGGUUCUAGAGUUUUAUUAAGAGUAUCUCCUUCAAACUUGACUGUUUGGUUUAGAAUUUUUAAUUCAAAUCAAAUAUAUGCUAUAUAGAACAUGGGAUUUGGUGCUGCCUUAAAAAAUAACCAUAGACAGUAUCCCUACAAUGCGUAGCUACUAGCUGGUGGAAAAUUACAAUGAAAGAACAAACAAUUUAAAAAUUGGCAACCAUAUGAUUCAUAUCAACGUAGAAUUGAUCCACUCUUUAACAUGUGAACCAAACAGAAACGUGGCCGUCAUGGCAAAAAGAAUGUCAAAGACGGGCCCAGUAGUUGCGGAAUGGAAAGGAAAAGUUAGCAGGAUAGCCUGGAUAACAAGAUUAGGUGUGAAGCCAUACUUUGAUGACAUUCUACCUCAGAUGCAUGAUUAUGGAAGAAACUUCAGUCUAAAUUUCCUUGUUGCAUUCUUCACCAUCAUUGGGCAUCUGGCUUUGGUGAAUGAUGCUUGUGAGAGAAGUAGGUUGGAUAGAAUAGAAGGUUACCUAAUAGAAUGGGUUAUAGUGAGAGUUCUAGAAAUGUUGGAGGAAACAUUAGUUAAGAGGAUAUAUGGUGGUGAACUAAAACGCCAUGAUGGGAAGGCUCAGAAGAAAACAACUGUUUGGAAGGUUAAGAAGCCAUAAUUUGAAUAUGUUGUUAAAAAAAGCCACGUCCAAAAAGGCUAAAAUUAUACCGGUUGUUGAUGAAAAUGAUAUUGAUUGUGGUGAUGUUGACAAUGA